CAGAGGAGGAAACGGCCACACAGGAGUGUGUCUGGCUGUGUGUGGGUUUCCACCACUCCUGUUACUUAAACGUCAAUAUAACGCACACGCAUCCUGCCACAAUGUCACGGAGGGAACGGCCGUGGUCGGUGUACAGGUCGAACACUUUAGAGCUUUGCUCAGAAAUGCUUGGACUAGCAUUGGAAGGGAACAGUCAAGAUCCAGAUGAGCCAGUACUGGAGUUCAGUCUUGUCUGCAGCGAGCUGACCACACCGUCUCUGGACCGAAAACCCAACAGUUUUGUCGCUGUGAGCUGUACCACACCUCCUCAGGCUUUCUGGACCAAAUAUGCACAGACAGAAAUCAUUGAGGGUACAAAUAAUCCCAUGUUCCUCAGCAGUGUGGCUUUCUUCCAAGAUUCCCACAUUAACCAGCACACACAGGUCAAGCUCUCUGUGUACGAUGUAAAAGAUCGCUCACAAGGAACGAUGUACCUUCUUGGCUCAGCGAUGUUCCCAGUGAAGGAUCUUCUGCUGGAAAAGAACCACAGACUAAACUUACCUCUCAGGUCAGCAGAAAACAAGCAUGUGGGUAGUAUUACAGUCAUCGCCUGGCAGCUAGAGGAGAAGAGAGAUCAGCAUACACCAAUCAAACAACUACAAGACACCGUCAAUGGCAGGAUUGUCCUCUCCGUGGAUGAGAGUCUGACAGAAUCUGUGGGAGUCAGAGUGAAAUACGCCUCACUGUGGAAAGACUCCUUUCUACGAUCUGUGUUUGGUGGCACCAUGUCGCGUAUGUACCGUUUUCCAACCACUGAUGGGAAUCAUUUACGGAUCCUGGAACAGAUGGCUGAGAGUGUCCUGUCACUUAACAUUCCACGACAGUUCGUCAAACUCUUAUUGGAAGAGGAUUUCUCCAGGGUAUCUGAGCUGGAAGAGUUGGGGGAGUUAUCACCGUGUUGGGAGAACCUCAGACGGCAAAUCGUGACACAGUACCAGAGCAUCCUUCAGACCUAUCAGGAUACACUCACAGACCUGCAGGACUACAAAGGUCCAUCAUUUAAAGCCAGUAAUCUGAAAGCAGAGAGAAAAUUGGAAUUUAUGCCUACCAACCUCCAUGUGCAGAGAAUGAGGGUUCAAGAUGAGUCUGGCUGUGAUCACACCUAUGAUGUGGUUACGAUCGGGGCCCCUGCAGCUCACUGCCAGGGCUUCAAAAACGGUGGUUUGCGGAAACUAUUACAAAAAUUUGAGGAGGCAAAAAAAGUCAUUUAUGAGGAGGAAUGCAGUGCUCUGUCCAGCUCCCAGUCCAUCGUCUACAUCCCUCAGGAUAUUGUCCGUGCCAAAGAGAUCAUCUCCCAUAUCAACACGCUCAAGACUCAGGUCAGCUACUACGCUGAGCGCCUGUCUCGCGCCGCUAAAGAACGCUCCGCUAACGGCAUGGAGAGAACCCUCGCCAUCCUAGCGGAUAAGACACGACAACUGGUGAUGGUGUGUGACUGUAAACUGCUGGCAUCUGCAGUGCAGGCCUUGAACGCAGCUAGACCCGAGUACAUUGCCUCUAAAAACUCACCCUCUGCUGAUUCAGAGCAGGUGGUGCUGAGGAAUGAUCAGGACACACUACUGGCCAAAUGGAGUGGCAGGAACAGUCGUUCAUCCCUCCAAGUUGAUUGGCAUGAGGAAGAGUGGGAAAAGGUGUGGGUGAAUGUUGACAAAAGUCUAGAGUGUAUCAUCCAGCGAGUGGAUAAACUGCUGCAGAGGGACCGUCUGCACAGCAGCAGCAGUGAGGACAUGUUCCAGACUGACCAGCAAAGUGGCACCAGUAAGAAAGGUAAUGGGAAAACAAAAGCCUUCUGGAUCAACCCUGCCUGCAUGGAGGAGCCUUCCUCGGUCCCUGAACCGCAACAGCUGUCGCCUUCACUAUCACCAUCACCAUCAUCACCUUCAUCUUCACCACCCGAUCUGAACCCUGCAUGCCCUGUUAAUGCAGAAACGCAUGCCUAUGGCAGCAGCAGCAGUGGAGAGGAGAGUUACCCAGGUGAGUGGAGCGAAGCCCUGUAUCCCCUCUUGACAACCCUAACGGAGUGUGUGGCCAUGAUGAGUGACAAAGCCAAGAAGUCAAUGGUUUUCUUGCUCAUGCAAGACAGCGCACCCACCAUCGCAAUGGACCUCAACCUGCAGUACCGCCGAGACGUGGUCUUCUGCCAGACAUCUUCACACCUUCGGAAUGUGACAUUCAAGGUGACGCAGGCCAUCUCUACCUCUUCCCCCGACAUGCUGCCUGUGAUCACCGGAAAUCGAGAUGGGUUCAAUGUUCGCAUCCCUCUCCCGGGAAGCAUGUUUGAUGCAUUGCCAAGGGAGAUCCAGAACGGCAUGCUGCUGCGGGUACAGCCGGUGCUGUUCAACGUGGGCAUCAACGAGCAGCAAACGCUCGCCGAGACGUUUGGAGACACGUCGCUUCAGGAGCUCAUCAAUGUGGAGAGCCUGGCACAUCUUAGCUCUUACUACCAGCAGUUCAAAGAGGUUUUACCUGAUGACUGUCUUCCUCGCUCUCGUAGUCAGACAUGCCUCCCAGAGCUGUUGCGGUUCCUUGGUCAAAAUGUUCAUGCUAGGAAAAAUAAAAAUGUAGACGUCUUGUGGCAGGCUGCAGAGAUUUGUCGGCGUCUGAAUGGAGUACGUUUUACCAGCUGUAAAAGUGCCAAAGACCGCACUGCUAUGUCAGUGACUUUGGAGCAGUGUCUGAUCCUGCAGCACGAGCACGGCAUGGCCCCGCAGGUCUUCACCCAGGCCCUCGACUGCAUGCGCAGCAUUGGGACCAGGGAGGGGGUAACUCAGAAGAACCUGAGCGGCUUAUUGCCCAUACGUGACUUCAGGCUGGACCCCAGUCUGCUCUACUCUCUGCCCCUUCUGGCCCUGAGCCCAAACCUGCUCAUCGUCUGGGUGUUCCUCAGCAUAGCCUACCUGCUGGCCAAACUCCGCUGCAGCUGAGCCUGAGACCCCCUUUUCCAUUUUUCUUUCUCUCUUUCCCUCACCCUGGCUAUCUCAGCACUUCCUUUCUCUGUUUU